UAGGAGCUUCAUCACUUCAAUCAACCAGUAAAAGAGUGUUCAUGUAAGAAUGAUGGAUUGGAGAUGCUUUCUGCAGGCUAUUUUUUUCACAGGCCUUGAAAAAUUGAUGGGGUGAAAUAAUUUUUAGCAAAAAGUGGUGGGGACACGUUCCACCCACAUCCAUAAAAGGCACACAUGAAAAGCUGAAAAGAAGCUUUUUUUCGGAAAACAUCUGAGACAGAGAUGAACGUAGUAGUGGGGUGGGGCAGAAAACUCUUGACAAAAGCAGUAGUACUUGCUUUACAUCUCAGCAGAAACCUGACAGUCGUGGAAACAGCAGUCAGAUCACAGACCAGAACAGAAUUAUGAAGUUUAACACCGCUUUAAGUGUUGCCGGUUUCAUCCUUAUCUACACAGCACGUUCGCUCAGCCAGCUAGAUGUAUGUGGUCGAGCCCCCCUCAACAACAGGAUUGUUGGAGGAACGAAUGCGACAGCAGGGUCUUGGCCGUGGCAAGUCAGCAUUCAUGUUUUCGGCUUAAGACAUAACUGUGGCGGGACUCUGAUCACCAAAGACUGGGUUUUAUCUGCAGCUCACUGCUUCCAGAACACUGAUGUGUCUAAGGUAGUAAUGUACUUUGGUCGUCUGAGACAAUCCGGCUCAAACCCUAAAGAGACAUCCAGGACAGCGAGUCGAAUCAUCACCCAUCCUAACUAUGACAGUUCUGCUAUUGACAACGACAUAGCACUGGUCCAGCUCAACUCUUCUGUGACGUUCUCUAAAUACAUUAAGCCGGUCUGUCUGGCGGCGGCUGGUAGUGUAUUUGAUGCAGGUACAAUAAGCUGGGUCACUGGAUGGGGCAAGCUACAAUCUGGAGACACCCAGCUUCCUAAUACACUGCAGCAGGUGAUGAUGCCCAUUGUGAGCAACAGUGACUGUAAUAGGGCUUAUUUCGGGGUCAACAGAAUCACAAGCAAUAUGAUUUGUGCUGGAUUUUUAAAUCAGCAAGAGAAAAGUAUCUGUUCGGGAGACUCUGGAGGUCCAGUGCUCAGUAGGAACGGUUCCCUGUGGAUUCAGUCCGGCAUUUCGAGUUUUACUUCACAAAAAUGUGAAGACCCCAAAUAUCCCAGUGUGUUCACCAGAGUUUCUCGGUACCAGGACUGGAUCAAGUCUUACAUGGGAAACAACACACCCGGAUUUGUUGAAUUCAAUGCAUCAUCCAACUCCAACUUUGGAAGCGUACCCAACCCACUCUUAUUAUCCCUUUCUCUCACGUUCAUCCUCAUUCCUUUCACCUUCUUGCUCUCCCUUCUCAUUUUCAAACGAGUGGUCAAACGAAACCACUGAUAUGUUUCUAUGACAUCUAAAGAUGUCCUUUUGAUCUAUUUGAAAGAAAGUCUGUGAAACGUGUUGCUAGGGUGCUCUACAUGGUUGCUAGGAUGUGGCUUGAUAGCUUCACAAAGAUCCUGAGAGACAGACCCCCCACUCAUAAAACAGCUGAGCCAAGCAGUGAACAACAACUCAGCCAGCAGAGAAGUGGAGACUAACUCAGCCAGCAGUGUUGCAAGAGUCAGAAGGAUAGACUGCAAAUAGGGGCGCAAAUAGAGGCGUCCAAUAGGCGAACCAUAGUCCAGCAGGGCAGGCACAGCAAAGACUCACAGCGGCUGAGAUGAAGAGUGACAAAGUUACCAGAGAAUCCCAGUGCUUGGAAAAUGGGAUAUAAUCUCCACAGGCCAAGUGGCAUUUUAAAGACAAAAGCAAAGCAAGAGAAUCAAACAAAUGAAGAAGAUCGGUCAGUUGCUGAUCUUGUGUUUUGAAGCAAAAAGCAUCUGGUUCUGAUUUAUAGCCAGUUAAGCCCAAAACAAAUUAAUUUAACGAGAUAGAUGUAGCAUUUCUGUAUUCAUACAGAAGAUUUUGUUAAAUCAGAACUCUUGGCUGCUAGAUGAUUUUCUCCCAAUAACAGGGUGUAUACGGCCAUUUGAAACUUCUGGAUCCUAGAGGAAUAGUUGUUGGAAAUACAAGGACAAAUGCAUGGAGUGGAAAGCUAGAAAAACUAAUUCUAAUGCCUGUUUUAAAAUGUAACACAUGACCAUUUAUUGUUAUGUAACCUGACGGUGGUGGUGAGAACAUGACAAACAGUAAAUUAUGACAAAGAGUGAUCUUUGAAAAGGACAAAAAAGCUUUCUCAAAGUAGUCAAUGUCUGUUGCAGCAUAUUUUGAGUCUUCUGAAGCCAUUUGAUAGCUUUGUGCAAAGAACAGACUGAGACUCACAGUGAAUAGAUGCAGUUCACAUUCAUUGCCCACAUACAGGUUUAGAGAGAGAUGAGGGUGAGCAUUUGAUGACAGGAUUUGUUUUUGGGUGAACUCUCUCAUUUAACUGAUUGUCUGAAAUAUAUUAGCAAAAUCAGCAGGAGUAAAGGCUGAUUGAUACGGGAGCCUCUGCACCGUAGGCUAUGCGUCUGUUUUCAUUUGUACUUCUGCAAUGUGUCCGCGUCGACGUGCAUGCAGACCACUAGUAGGAAGUGUCCGCGGUCAUGUUGAAUAUAAAGGCAAAAGCUGAAGAAGAAGCAGCUUGUCAUGUUUGUUGUCAGAGAAGCUUCAGCAGUGAUGGCGGCAAAUAGGUAACAACUUUUGUUGCAGUUUGACUUCAUGUGUCCACUGAAACAGCAACGGAGUGUCUUUAAAGACUACUUCUGCCAUGGAUUCAAAUCUCAAGUUGUCAGCCCAAGCCUCUGUUACUAAAUCUAAAACGUGACUUUAGAACUAGUAACGAAGGAACAGUCGCUUUAUUGAAGCUUAUUGUAUUAUGUAGAGUAUUUUGGUAUUAUGAAAAAGAAAGAUUGACUAAACGAGUGUAUUACCUGCAUCUGAUUUAACAGUCAUUCUUCAGGUCAAUGUCCAUAAUAUUAUAUCCAUUAUAAAAACAAAUCUGUUUGAAUAUCUGCAGAGGAACGCAACAUCUUUGUCUUUGUCCUUUUAAAAGUUCCCACAGUGCUAAAACAACUUCCUUGUUCUGACUCACUCAUAAAGAGAGUCUUUGUUGCCAUCUAAUGGCGUAAUAAUGUAAAUUUCACUUAUACUAUUGAUGGACCCUUUCUCAGUACCAAAUACGGCAUAUUAUGUAUAUAAAAUAAUAUUUAUUGAACAACAUUUAAAUUAACAACAAUAGCCAUUAUAAAAGACAUAAACACAAGCAAACAAUUUAGUCAAACACACAAAAGCAGCACUCCAGUACAGGAUUUAAGUUAAAUAUAGCCUAAAUAUAAAGUUCUGAAAUUUAAUUUUUUAAUUAACCCACAUCUUUUUGCUCUGGAACAAGUAUUAGAUUAAUAAGACCAAAGAUUGCCCGUUUGAUAUACCCCAAAUUAAUUAUAUUUUUAACCACAAUCUACAUAAGAGCCAGCAGUAAAUACCCGAAGGACUGGCUGAAAUGAAGCUGUUCUCGGCGGGUACACGAGCACUGAACGACCGCUGGCGGUCUGGAGCUCACAUCUGCAAAAGCGUCAAAACGAAUUCUAAAAAAGGCACUAUGUUUAAAUAUGAGACACAUAUUUGAGGUCUAAAUAACUACAUUCUCACCUAAAAAACUCUUUAAACUACAUUUCGUGACAUAACAACAGUAGUUUUUAUAAAAAAAAAUAUGGUUGAUUGGCUCGACCGCCAUGACAGUCGCCGCAAGUGGAGUGAUACAAACUGUGAAACGGUUCCAGAGCUGCUGAUACUGGGAGAAUAUUGCAUGGCUCUCAGCCAAUCAGAUUCGAGAACCAGAAAGAACUGUUGUAUAAAAUGGAUUUUGGAAGCAUUUUAAUUUAAUUUAAUUUGAUAAAAUUAUUACUGUAUGAGUGAAGUGUUCAGUUUCACUCCCGCUUUCAAUAUGAGUUCUGCCAUCAGUAACACCAGGCCAACUGAUCCGAACAGGUACACAGGAACCAGAGAUGGGCACAAAUACAUCAAAAAGUAUUUAGUUACAAAUUACAAAUACUUACUCAUCAAAUGUAUUUAAAUAAAAUACAAAAUACAGCUGUAAAAAAUGUAUUUAAUUAAAAUACAAGUCAUUUGUAAUUUGAAAAUACAAACAAAAUUUACAUCAUUUGAAGUGUUCAAUGUAACAAUUAAAUAUAGAUUGAUGAUCCUUAUAAAGAUACUAAAGUUACUCAGUCAGGAGCAGUGAGUGAUUUUGUCCUUCUCUUUUGUUGCUUGAUCAACAAUAAUGACAGACAGAAGCAGGUUUAUUAUGCUGAUGUCCCUUUAAGAACGAACCGGUCACGGAUCAAAAAAUAAUAAGUGUGAAUCAAAAAUUUAAAAACACCUGUAAAAAUAUAUAGCACAAACUUAAAAAAAAAUAAUGCAAAAUGAUCAGAAUGUUCAAAAUGAUCAAAAAUUAAAAGCGCAUUUAAAAAAAUAACAAGCAUGAAUCAACUUUAAACACAUUAAAAAUGAUAUUGCACAAAUCUUAAACUUGUGUUUAUGUGUUCUUAAAAGUUGUUUUCCUUGCUUUUAUUACUUUGUGCUCUCCUACAUUUUCUGCUCAUAUUUUACUCUUUUGUGCGCUUGUGCUGUUUUUCUCUUUGCUCUUCUUUCUACGUUUUGCUCAAAUGUUGCAGUUC